AGCGGCGACUGGUAUUUUACGAAAGUUGACGCGGUGGAGGAUCGCGGCGCAGUCAAUGAUAACGCGGCAUGCCGGCGCAAAUGGUCCGAAAGCUACAGCAGAUGGCGUAAUGUCGCUCCGUCACGACGAUUGAGGUUGGUGAUAGGCAAGUCGCGAUAUUGGUGGAGACAGAUGCAGAGGCUUGUAGAAGAGGAGAGGAAAAGGAAGGAGGACACAUGCAUGGUAUGGUUGGAUCGCUACCUAUGUAGGAAUAAGAAUCAUAAUGUACAGUGCAGUAGGUUGGUGUUGGUUCAAGGCGGCGCAAUGCAAAGAGGCCGUAAGCUGGGUGCUGGCCGGAUGCCCAGAGGUGAAAAAGAUGGGAUGAGUUGCCCGUCGCCUUGUCUUAUCGCUCAUAUCAACCCAUUGAUUUCUUUGACCGCAGUGCAGGACUCGCCCUCUGCGCCCGCACCCACCACUAGACGGAUCCGCACAGGGCACAGUCCUCCUACACGGCGUGUGUGUAUAGUGUUAUAUGAGUUAAUGUAUGUACAUAUGCAGCAUCAAUGGCAUGAAGGCGCAGCUCCUUGCACGGGCGAAACUGGGCGCGGUCGUCCAAGACUCGCGAUGGUGUGUUCGGUCGACGAGAGAGCCAUGGCCCGAGACUAACUAAUUCGUCUGAGCCUUGUCUCGCCCAUUUUUCUCUCUCGCACCAUCAAGCAACAUCACCAACGGAGCGUGGGCCGCAGACGCAGGAAU